GGAAUUCGCGUUUGCUUUGUAUUUAUACUCGUUUUGUUGAGAGUAUCUUGCUAUGAGAAAAGUAAGCGUUGUUGUUUGUUAAGUCUAACAUUGUCUUAUACCUACCUACUAAUUUGGUGUAUACUUAUUUCCGUUCUAUCUCAAUUAAAAUGUGGCGGUAUUUACAGCGUUGCGUAAGAUUGUGCGAAAUCAGUCUAAGAUGGUUCAAACACCAUUUAGUGAGACAAGAGUUGACAACACCGUAGCCUGGCGCAACACAUCCCUGCAGCCGAGCGAUGAACUAAUGUUCUCAGGACACGCGCAAGUGAAGAAAAAGCUUCAUAAAAUGCAACGAUCUAAAGUUUCCACCAUCUUGUCCUCUGUCGACACGGGCAACUGCGGGAAAUCAGCUUAUUCGAAAUUUAAAUCGGAUAAAAAAGAAAACAUGUUGCCAAACGAACUGAGGCUGACACGCAACACCCUGAACCACAGCGUGACCCGGCCGCCGGCUGUGCCGCGCCCGCCGCCGCCGCCGCCGCCACGCAACGCAGAGAGCGUGCUCUUCCCCCUGCACAGUGCCCAAGUCCAAGACGAAUUUUCAAACAAAAGUUACUCGGGCGAAAUUGCCGUUGACACGUUUUACAAAAUGCCAACGCUAUCGAACGUGAAGACUUUAUCUUCAAAUGAUGCGCAUAACAUUCCGCCUGAAAUCGGCAGCAAGGACACGAUUGUUAUACCGAAUAGUUCGUCGAGAGAAAAUAGUAGUGCAUUGGUUAAGGGGAUUUUCAUUGCUAAUUCGGAGUUGAAGGUGAAGCCUUCGCCUCCUCCAACUAAAAUGCAAAGUGUGGAUGUGAGUGCGGAGUUGGAGGGCGAUAGAGUGGACUACUUGAUACAGGCCAAGUCCCUGGGCCCGGCCUCCGUGUACAGCUACAACGUGUCUGUCAACGUGUACUCCUGCACCUCUCUGCCCAAAUCUAAAGCCGAUAUAGACGCACAGCAGAAGUUUAUUGAACUCGACAUUGAGCCCACUUGGAUAUGGAAAAAACAUUAUUGGAAUCAUAUUUUUGAUAGUCGGUAUGAAACUUUAAUGAGAAAUCCAAACUGGCCUCCCUUGAAGGUAAUAUUGAUACCCCGUUCGCACGUGGAUAGCAUUUGGAAGAAAACAUUUGAACGAUACCAUAAUGACAGCGUCCACAAGAUCAUAUCAAAUGCUGUCAAAAAACUUCAAUUUUAUAGAAACCUAACUUUUCACUGGAACGAGGUCUCGCACCUGAGCCAUUGGUGGAAAACCACCACAUCAAAGAGUCGCUCGACUCUCCGACGAUUAAUAAAAGAUGGUCGCCUUGAAAUUACGACUGGAGGUUGGGUUGAGACCGACGAAGCCACGACACAUGUUUUUGGACUAAUACAUCAACUGGUUGAAGGUCAGCAAUGGCUAAAAGAUCAUCUGAGCUAUCUUCCGAGCGUAGGUUGGCUCACUAACAGCGUAGCUCACAGUCCAACCAUGGCUUAUCUUCUGUCUGCCAGCGGCAUAUCAAACUUGGUGAUCACAAACGUGCACUUUUCAUGGGAGGAAUUUUUUGCUGAAUAUCAAUAUAGUGACUUCAUCUGGCUGCAAAAUUGGAGAAGUGACAGUUCUGUUCCAUCCAGCAUUAAUAUGGUGUUAGGCAGAAUCGGAGGAGAUCGUCUGCCCAAACACUCGGUUCUAACUCAUAUCAUGCAAUUUAACUCUGCAGGUUUUACAGCCUGUGGUCCUCACCAAGCUAUCUGUGUCUCAGAUUUCAACUUCGUCAAAUCAAGUCAAAAUCCAGAAAUUUAUACUUACAAUGUCAAAGAAAAAUCGGAGUUACUCCUUGAACAAUACUCAAAAACGGGAACAGUGUCCUCACAUAAUACUAUAAUUGCGCCAAUAGGCGGUCCUUAUAAUUUUGAAAAACAAGCAGAGUUUGACUACCAAUACAAUAAUUAUCAAAAACUGGCAGACUACAUUAAUUCCAAUCGAGAUAUCUAUAAAGCAAGCAUAGAUUUUGGCACGCCUAAAGACUACUUCAACACUGUUUUAAAGAAACAUAAAGCAUAUCCGACUUUAAGAGGAGAUUUUCUGAACUUUGCAGACUUGAACAGCGGCAAACCUGCCUAUUGGACUGGAUAUUUUACUUCAAGACCUCUGUUCAAAAUACUUUUGAGGCGACUCCAAUCUACUUUACGGAGCACAGAAAUUCUUUUCGCGUUUGCGAUAAAUUUAAAUGCGUUUCACACUUUUGAUACGACUGGGCUGUUUGAACUUUUAAUUAAAGCGAGAGAAAUGGUGGCUCGUCUUCAAGAUCGCAACGUAGUGAGUGGCACCUUAACUUCCAAUUCUAUAAAAUACGCUUAUAAGCAGAUUUUACUGACGGUCAAAAACUGUUGGUACAUUCAAGAAGUAACAGCUAGUCUGUUGAGUGUUAAACCGGACAGAACAAUUCUAUCACCGUAUCUUCAAAAAUUCGUGUAUCGUGACGGAGAAUUUGUGUCAGGGUUCAAGACCGUAGGUCCUGGUGAUCAGGUAUACGUUUUUAAUUCUUUAAGCCAUGAAAGGACUGAAGUAGUAGAAUUAAUAGUACGGACCCCAAAUAUUAGAAUCAUAGAUCACAACAAGAAGGAAGUUACAAUUCAAAUAAAUCCGGUUUGGAAAUAUAACUCCGAUAAUAUAAUCCGGAUAUCUAGAAGAUUCUACAAAGUCACAUUCGCUAUAGUGGUUCCUCCGAUGACGUUAGAGUUAUAUAGAAUUAAAGAGACAUACGACGGCGCGCAGAACGCCGCCACCAUAUACUGCGUGGCGUGCGUCGUGGACGACAUCCCCGGCGAGAUGGCCACAUUCCCUUUCCACAUUCAACGUAUCCAGACAGGAGACAUACAGCUAGAGAGUUACAAGUUUAGAUUAGUUAUCGACGAGCACACUGGUUUCCUUAAACAUGUCAUCGAGAAAGCUACUGGAGCCGAAAAAACGGUCGUAAUUGAUUAUGGAGCCUUCAAAAGCUCUGAUAUCAAUUCAGGCAUGUUUUUAUUUAAUACCAACAUAACGAAACCGUUACGAGACAUUCUUAUGCCAUACAGAAUCGGUAUGAAAACAAAUAUUUUAAUGAUAGUUUCAGGACAAGUAGUAACGGAACUUACUUCUAUCUAUGGUAGACUUUUACAAAGCACUUUCAAAAUAUUCAAUUUAUUAAAUAGUCCCCUAUCGAAUGCAAUUUUCGUUGAAAGUAAAGUAGAUUAUGAAGUUUCGCCAAAGAACAGAGAACUUGAAAUAUUUCUAUCAAUCCAAACCGAUAUUGCAAAUGGUAAUAUUCCUGAAAUUUUUACUGAUAGUAAUGGUUUUCAAUAUACUGCCCGACUGCUGAAUCUUACGAGACGUAUUGAGUCUAAUGUGUAUCCUAUGACGACUAUGAGCUUCUUACAAGAUCAUAGAACUCGGCUUACAGUCAUAACUGAUCACGCGCAAGGGGUCACCGCUCUGCAAGAAGGACAAUUGGUGGUGAUGCUGGACAGGAGGGUGUUGUUCAACGAUGGCAGGGGUAGCAACGAGGGCCUGGCCGACAGUAGUGCCACGUGCCACAGACAUAUUAUUUUGCUGGAAAAUUUCGUCGACCAUACCAACUAUUACUAUUCGCGGCAAUUAAAUUUGCAAUUGCCAAGUUUAUCUGCAAUCCAUUUGUCGGGCGCCCUAGACUAUCAGCUUGAUGUGUUCAUAAUAGAAAAGAAUAAAACAGAUCAUUGUUAUUACGCGUUCCUACCGUUGGUAAAAACAUCUUUUCCCUGUGAUGUUUCGUUGAUCAAUUAUAGAGUAGUGUUCAAGAAGGGAUCCCUGAUGUAUCAAACUCCAAACACGGCGCUGAUGAUAUUGCACCGCCAGAGCGUGUCCUGCCAUACAGACUACGACGUGCAACUAUACUGUAACGGAGACAAUAAUUUUUCCUUAGAUAAAAUACUACAUAAUGUAAAAUCAGUUUAUCAAACAAACUUAUCUGGGACAAAAAAGGGCGUACCGAUUUCUAGUUUUAACGACAUGAACUUUCCAGCCAUGGAAUUAACUACAGUAAAAAUUCAUUUUUAAAAGUACCGAGGUAGUUUUUGGGUCUGUAUGACAGGUAUUUUUUGGAUCGUUUUUGUAUGACGAUAUUGCUGCAGCAGCGAUUACGAAAAUAUUAUACCCUAUUCUAGUAAGCUAUUUGCAUGCCAUUCCCCCUAACGAAUAGCUUGGUGGCCGUAUGCCGUGCCAGCUUAAAAAUAAGUAGCGGUAUUUUUAGGGUCAAAUAAUAUACAAUUGUACAUAAGUAAGUAUUAUUUACUCAUAAAUAACUCAUGUCUAUAAAUGGUCGGCUAUGAGACCACAACAAGUGUUGUAAUAAAUAAAAAAUAGAAUGUGAAAAAUUAAUAAAGUUUCUUAAUUAAAAGAUUUUGUUUCAAAGGUGAAUUUAAAAUACUUAUUAUGGAUCUACCUACUCCACUCCAAUCUCAUCAGUCAUCCCGUGAUCAUGGCACUUGCAACAGUGUCGAAAUAUCGGGAGUCUCAUAUCCCCAUUUAAAACGCGAAAAUACUGUAAAGCCAAGCGAUGUAGCAGAUGUCGAUGGCCACACCACACGCUUCUGCAAGAGGACAGGCCGGCUGCGGGUAGUAGAGCGUCAGCCAACCCCGAGAGCACUGACGAAGCAGUAACGACCAUGGGCGGCGAGAGAACGCGCGCCCUGCUGAAGGUGCUGCCAGUCACCAUCAUCGACGACGACGGGCGUGAGACGCCCACUUACGCACUCCUUGAUGACGGAGUCACUAUAUCCGUGGUGGACGAGUCGUGCGUUGAGGGUUUUGGCGGGCCUGGCGCCCCGCUGGGCCUGGUGACCGCGAGCGGCAACAUUGUUGAGGACAAUCAGUCACGAAGAGUGAAGAUCAAACUUCGGGGUACCAACGGAGAGAGCCAUGUGGUAAAAGUACGAACGAUGCGCAACGCUAAACUGCCGGUGCCUACGCCGGUGCACACUUUGCCGGCACGCGUGCUGGAAGCGAACCCCCACCUACGCGGCUUGGACUGCAUGGCGACGGAGGGCGUACGACCCAUUUUGCU